ACGAGGUGUGUUCAAAAAGUAUCGCGAAUUUUGAAUUUUCGCGGGUUACGUACUCGUAUUCUUGUUCUGAAAUCUGAAUAUGUUCAAAUGGAGGGAAUUGUGGGAAACUAUACCUUUAAAUAUGAGCCAAUAAGCAAAAUACUUUUCCAAACCGAGGAGCUCUCCGACAAAUCUAUAAACUUGGCACAACCGACUUGUCAGAACCAAUUGCAAGACAAGAUUACAAUGAUGGUGGGUAGACUUAAAGAGUUGAACGAGAUUUUAAAUAAGGUGCCAGGGUUGGAGAGCUCUCAGAAGACAAUCAGAACAGAACAGAUUCGUCAGAGCGAAUUGCUGACUGAGAUUCUUGCGAAAGUCAAUAAGCUGGACGCCAAAAAGGGGGUCAAAUUGUUAUCCGGUUGGAAAGAAAAGUUGCCCAGCAGCUGUACGGAUCUACAGUCGAGAACCGUUUUAUGUUAAUUGCGACCAAGAUACACUGGGCGGAGGUUGGACAAUUGUGUUGACUCGUAUGGAUGGCAGCGUGGAUUUCUAUCUCUUCUGGGAUGAUUUCAAAAAAGGUUUUGGUAAUUUGGAUGGCGAGUUCUUCAUUGGUCUCGACAAACUACAUUUCAUGACCAGAGAUGGUGAUAAUGAAUUAAUCAUAGCCAUGGAGGACUUUGAAGGAAACCGUAGGAAUGCUUAUUAUGAUCGAUUUUCAAUCGGAAGCGAAGAGGAAGCGUACAAACUGAGAACGUUGGGCGAGUACUACGGCGAUGCAGGCGAUUCCUUGGUAAGACAUUUGGGAGAAAAGUUCAGCACGCGAGAUCGGAACAACGCACAAUGGGAUGGUGGCAACUGUGCAAAAGAGCGCCAGGGCGCCUGGUGGUACUUCAAUUAUUGCCAUGAUAGCAAUCUGAUGGGAAGAUAUAAUGACAACACCCGUGGCAAAGGCAUUAAUUGGUAUGAAUUUACGGGUUACGAGACAACAUUAAAACGUGUCGAGAUGAAGAUACGGUGGAAACGGGUAUCCCGAAUCGUCAUUCAUUCUUAAUUCAAGUACAAAAUGUAUCAAAAUGAUUUAUUAAAAAAGUUGGUACUUUUGGCGAUAAUUUA